AUGCUGUGUACUCAGCUACAGGUUUUACUGGUUACUGGUGGCUCUGCUUCAGUGUUGCUAGCGAGGGUCAGCAUCGCUCCACACAGAGAUGUGCUAAAUGCACUACAGAGAGCAGACACAACCAAGGACAAGGACCUCUCCCACAUCCUCCUGCUGAAGAUGUUGGACCUGAUGACCACAGCCGUGGGGGAGAACAAGGUACUGCUAGACAUCAUGGAGGCACUCUGGGUGAGGUCGGAGGUGGUGCGCCAGCUACCCCUCAACCAAUGGGAAUGCAAGGCAGGAUGCCGGAACUUCUAUUGGAAGACCUUCACAUCAUGUUAG